AUGUCGGAUGACGAGAAAUUUGACUUACUAUGUAAAGUUGGAAAUCUUCAGCAGGUUAAAACCAAUGAUCCUCAAUCUAGUAUUUUCCAACAAUUGAAUAUUGAAUCUUCAUAUUGGAAAAGUCAAAUGGAUAGCGAUGUUUAUAAAUAUUUGGUAAAUGGAAGAAAGUAUAAAUCUUCAUGGACAGAAUGCUUAAGGCUCAUUCGAAAUAUUGGCCAACAUUGGAACGAUCGACCACGACCUCUACCACAACCAGAACCAUAUUAUAAGAUUGGCGAUUACAAUGCGUAUUUUCUUAAAACGUUCCCCAGUCUCCCAGUUCGGGUACAUGCUGCUGUCAGGUCAAAUAAAGAAUUGAAAAACAAUCCAGAACUUAAAGCUAUUUUUCCUAGAGAAGAGAAGAAGAAACGAUGUUUUCAAGAUUUAGCUGAUCUUAGAUACACUAAACUAACAACAGAAGAAAUCGAGAAAAUUGGUCAGACUGUUGGAACUGAUUGGAAUAUACUGGGUGGUUUUCUAGAAAUACCUUUUGACAUACGUGCUGAUAUUACUGUUUACGACACAAUUUAUCCAAAUCCCUCCGCAAAAGCUAAAGCGAUUUUAGUCAUUUUUAAUGAAGGAAAGAAAUUUGAUCGAUAUGUAUUGAAGAAAUGCCUCGAAGAAAUAAACCUUGAUUUGGAUGAAAUUUUGUCUCCCAACAAUCAGUUUGAUGGUGAAAGUCAAGCUUUUCAAGGAAUAGAGUCAUUUUCAUCUUUGAAUAAAGUUGAUCUUCGUUUCACUAAACUAACAACAGAGGAAAUGGAAAAAAUUAGUCAGAAAGCUGCAACUGAUUGGAAUAAACUGGGUGGUCUUCUUGAAAUACCUAUUGAACGACGUGAUGAAAUUUUUGUUAACCACAAAUGUUUUCCAAAUCCCUCCGCAAAGGCUAAAAAGAUUUUGGAGAUCUUUAAUGAACGAACAGAUUUCGAUCGACAUUUAUUGAAGAAAUACCUUGGAGAAAUAUACCUUGAUUUGGAUGAAAUUUUGGCUCCAACAAAAGAGACAAGCAGCAAUGAAGAUGUUUUAACUACUCGUGAAAUAUGUCAACUGAGUUGUCAUAUAGCAAGUUUCUGGGAUGAAAUGGCUGCCAUGAUGAAUAUGGAAAGUUACGAAAUUGAUAAUGUGCAAACAGAUACGAAUUAUGAAAAUCAACAAAUAAAGGCAGAGAAGAUUUUGUCAAUCUUGUCCAAAAAGUGGAAAACUCAAUUUCGGAGCAAACUAGUGGAGACCUUAGAAAGCAUGAACAAAUUUUAUUUGGCUGAUUCGAUUUUGAAUUACGAGUGGAAACAGCUGCCAUGAGGGUGAAGAUUUUUCUUUUAAGUGUACAAAUUCAAUUGUUUCACUGAGAACAUUGUGAGACUAAGUUCAUAUCAAAUUACCAACGUGUAUUGGGCAAUGUGUAUGUAUGGACAUUUCUAUAUAAUCAUAUCUACAAAAUUAAAACAUUUUAGUUAUAGUAUCAACAUAUUGAUUAGUUUUAAGAUUUGUCGCUAAAUUUCUUCAGGUCAUGUCUGUGCUGUACUCAGGCCACGUUUACACUAUAUCAGAUUACUAUCGUAGCAGGUUAGAUUAUCUUUGUAUUAAAAGGCAGAAGGCAGUGAAAUUGUCCAACGUCAGAAAUACAAUCAAAUAGACUAAAUCUAUCAACUUCAUAUACUGUUAUUCUAAUUUUAGUGAAAGUUUGCAUUGUAGGAGUAAAAUAUUGGGCUAGGUUUGCUACUAGCUAUACUUUAUAUAUAUUUCUGAGUAUUGAACUAGUACUUUGCUAAAUAAAUCAUAACGGUCAAUGUCGCUUCCACAAUAUGAAAA